AUGGGUGCAAAACUACUUGCCCUCUUCUGGGCAUUGCUAGCGCUUGGCCAGUUCUUAUACGUCUCCCGACAGGUGGUUUCCGCAUCGAUCACAACACCUCUACCUGAUCUCUACGAGGCAUCUCUGACCGAGCUUCAGGCGGGCCUCACCUCGGGGCAGUUCACGAGCGUCGACUUGAUCAAGGCGUAUUUCGCUCGCAUUGAAGAAGUCAAUCUGCAAGGGCCGAUGCUCCGCGCUGUGAUUGAAACAAAUCCGUCUGCGCUCCAGGAAGCCGCGAUCUUGGAUUAUGAGCGGCUCACCUAUGGCCCACGGAGUGCGCUUCAUGGGAUCCCCGUGCUUGUAAAGGAUAAUAUUGCAACUGUGGCAUUUGAAGGAAUGAACACAACUGCGGGGUCAUAUAGCUUGUUGAACUCUGUGGUUCCGAAUGAUGCAGGUGUGGUGAAGCGAUUACGCGAGGCGGGAGCCAUUAUCCUUGGUAAGGCAAACCUGUCCGAGUGGGCACACUUUCGUGGAAACAUCGCCUCUGGAUGGUCAGGACGUGGAGGACAAUGCACGAAUGCAUAUUACCCAAACGCCGACCCAUGUGGUUCGUCGGCUGGUUCUGGGGUCUCUGCAUCUAUCGGCCUGACUGCUGUCGCGCUUGGGACAGAGACAGACGGAAGUAUCACAUGCCCGGCAAAUCAGAACAAUGUGGUAGGCAUCAAGCCUACUGUGGGAUUAACAUCCCGUGCUGGGGUUAUACCGAUCUCCGAGCACCAAGACACAGUCGGUCCGCUCGCUCGCUCUGUCACAGAUGCAGCCAUUGUCCUUUCCAUCAUCGCUGGCCCGGAUCCUAAUGACAACUUUACGCUGGCACAGCCAAUGCCCGUCCCCGACUACACUAUGGCACUCAAUAACUUAUCACUUGUCGGCAAGCGAAUUGGGGUGCCUCGUACAGUUUUCUUGAAUGACAGCUUGACUGGCAAUGAUCCAUACGUGAAUCAAGUAUUCGAGGAGGCGCUGGAGACGCUACAAAGUCUGGGCGCGACAAUUGUAGAUCCUGCUGAUUUGCCUUCCGCGUAUGAAAUCUACGAGUCUAACAACGAAACUGUUGUACUGGAUGUUGACUUCAAGGUCCAACUCAAUGCCUGGUUUGACAGCCUCGUCGCGAAUCCAUCAGGGGUGGCUUCGCUUGAAGAAUUGAUCAUGUUUGAUGACGACAACCCAACGCUCGAAGAGCCUGCGGGAUACACAGACCAGUCAAUUUUGAUUGAAUCCCAAGCGACUACUGGUUUUAAUGCGUCUUAUUACCAAUCUCUCGCGUUUGACACAGAACUUGGCGCCACUAAUGGUAUAGAUGCUGCCCUAAAGAUGUAUGCACUGGACGCUCUGGUGCUUCCUGCACCUGGUUAUACGACUGUUCCUGCAGCCAUCGCGGGGUAUCCGAUUGUCACAGUGCCUUUGGGUUUCUAUCCAGAGAAUGUUACAAUUGGCAGCGCCGGGCCAGAGACUGUGUAUCCGGCUCCAGGCGUCCCCAUUGGCCUUUCGUUUUUGGGAACAGCAUGGAGCGAGUAUAGCCUCGUCAGUUUUGCAUAUGCCUACGAACAGAAGACGCAAACAAGGCUACAAAGGAAAGCCUACACUGCAGCGAUUCCAAAAACACAGUUGGCAGAUGUAAUAGGGCAGUAG